CAGUUGCAGGCCAGACCAAGACUGAAGAGCAUUUCAGAACCGUUUCACGCGUGUGCAUAACGUCCGAAAUUGUAGGAAAGAGCAGCUUUUUUGAUCGAAAACCACAGUAGUGAACCCACUUUCGAAACAUGGAAAACUCGUAUCGUCAAUGCGGUGCUGUAUGGAGUAAUGGAACGACAUAAGAAAGAAAAGCGGCACAGUUUUGCAAUUUUUAGGGAAGAAAGCUCCACGGGUACCGAUCAAGACAUACAAGUGGGAAGACAUUCGGAGAGAGCGGUUAAGAGGUGGUUACCCCUGGACCUAUUUGUACAAGGAGCCUUAUAGCGAAAAACUCGAUCCAAAAGUGUUUACAAUGGACACCAAAACAAAACCUAAGAAGACAAUUAAAAAGCAGCAGCCAGAUCGGCUGGAAAUUAAAGAAAUAACUAAUGGCACAGGUGACACACAUCAAGACACACUAACGCCAGAACCUUCCGGAUACAUCGUCAUUACGGAAGUACCAAGUGAUUCAGAAAACCAUUCCAAAGAAGUACCAGCUGCAGGGGGUUCAGUCACAAUAGAGGAUGUAGGAGAAGCAGAAAACAUAAACUUAGAAUCAGCUGAAAGUUCGGACAACAUCAGUCAGUAUUUAGACAAAGAAGAACCAACGAUAGAGCCUGCUGGAACAUCAACAGCAAAGAAAAGUGAAGAGGUUGCGCCAGAAAACGGACGACAAGAGAGAGCCAAAUCGGAAGAACCAAAACGUAAACGAAAAUUAUCGAUCGAUAGUAGUUACAGUCGAAAAAGUUUAUCAAAAUUAGCGAUUAUUAAAAAGCUAAAAGAAGCAAAAGAUAAAAUUAAAGUUCCUAAACUGAAUUUGCCUAGUUUACCAAAUCUGUCGGUUUUAUCUAAUCCUCUAAAAUCGGGUACCACAGGAAAAAGUAAGAAGGAUCCUGAAAGUAAGAAAGAAAAAACGACGGAUUCUGGAACAAAAAUUAAGGUGGAUCCAAAUGCAAAGCCGGAAUAUAUUCAUAUUCCACUAAAACCACCCGAAGGACAAUUUGAUGAAUUUUCGUAUUUAGAAUUUGGUGAAAAGAAACCGGAAGAACCAAAGGAGGAAGAACCACCAAAACCUCCCGAAGCUCCAACUAUUGAAAUCUCUGAACCUCCAACAAUUGAAAUAUCUGACGCGUUUGAUUAUGAUCAAAGACGGUUUAGUGGUGAUCCCGAUGAUAUUGUAGCUUUUGAAAUUUUAAAAACUGAAAACAUUGAUUUAGAUCAUGCAACGAAAAAUGGCCUUCAGGGAGGUAGCGAUUAUCUGAUUAUUGAACAAGAAGAUGACGCAAAAAGUGAAACCAGAAGUAUGAUCAUUAUUAUGUCAGGACCAGAUGAACCGCAGUUGAGUAGAGCAGGAUCUAGAAGAGGAACUCCGACACGGCAAGGCAGCACACGAGGUCGUGCAAAAUCAGCAGAACCAGAAAAGAAGCGAAAAUUAUCAGUAGAGAGUAGUCAUAGCAGAUCUAGUUUAUCGAAAUUAGGUUUUCUUAAAAAACUUCAAGAAGCUAAAGAUAAAUUUAAACUUCCAAAAUUCUCCUUAUCAAGGUCAAGUUCGAAAAAGGCAUCCCAUAAAAAGGAUAAAGAAGAAACAAGUGCGCCUAAAGAAACUAAAGAAGAGGCCAAAAAAAGUGAACCAUCUGGCGGCCAACCCAAAUAUAUUCACAUCCCAUUGAAACCUCCCGAAGGACAAACGGACGAGUUUUCGUACUUAGAAUUUGAAGAGAAAAAAGAAGAAAAACCUGUUGAGACAGAAACGAGUGUGAAAGAACAAAGUUCUGUAGAAAGCCCUGAGAGCCCCAAAAGCGAAGGUGUUCAAUUUAUUUUCUUAACUCCACCUUCAGAUGAUGAAGUUCUAGAUCACCCCGAUAUACCUGAAACUCCAUCCUCUGAAAGUAAAAAUUUCUUUGCAAGUCGCCUUGACGAACUGCAAGAACUUGCAAAAGACGCUGUUGACAAGACAUCCCCUAAAUCACGGAAAAAACUACAGUCGGUUGAGGAAGAGGAAAAUUCUGAAACAGUUCCUGCGAAACCUGAAGACGCUACAAAAACCGAAAUCCAAGAGGAAAAGAAAGUCGAACCCGAGGAAAAAACCGAAAGCAAACCUGAAGAAGAAAAGAAAAGUGAACCUAAACCAGAUAAACCAAAGAAAACAAAAGCUAAAGCUAAAAAAGGUAAACAAGACGUAAAAGAGAAAAAAGAAGAUGACACCAAAGACAAGCCAACAGAAGAUACAAAAACUGACGAAAGUAAAGUGAAAGCUGCAGAAGUACCAGAAAAGAAAGUUGAAAAAAUGGUGGUGGAUGAAGAAGACGGUUUGAAGUUGACCGAAUCAGCGAUGGCGAAGCAAGAACAAAACGUCAAAUCUAAAGAAGUUGUGGAAGACUUGAAGUCGAGUCUGAAGACUGACGGAUCUCCCACUUUAAAAAAGAAAGUUUCAUUUAAAAGAAAAUCGAAAGAUGACUCGAAAGACGGAGAUUACGAAGAUAUACAAGCACCUCCGGGUGACAAAUCGGCACAGGAUAAAAGUACGGACGAACACAAAAGUAAAUUGGCUGUAAUGGGGACCAGUCAGUCCAUGUCGGUUGAUGAAGAGAAGAGUUAUCUUGAUGAACAAAAAAUAAUCAAAAGUACUUCGCUUGAAGAGGAUUAUAACAGAUGGUCAAAAUUAAGUGAUCACGAAUACGAACCUGUGAAUCCACCACCCGACAACGUAAGUCCCGUAGCGACAUCACCUCCGACGGUCCACGUAAUCGAUUCCGACCGCGAACCCAAACCUACAAGCCUGACUAGUAGCACCACGUCAUUGGAGCGCCGUAUGCUGGGUGCCGAAGUCGAAACUAGACCCGAAGAGUCUUUCACAGUGCAACAAAUGCAGUCCGAAAUCGAAGACAAAUACUUCGCGAAAUCCGCCGAAUCGCCGUCUAAACCAAAAACUACCGUACACACCAUCACUACCAUAAGCACUUCCGAAUCUCAGCAAAGCCAGCCAAAGAAGUCAGAAGGUCCAAGCAAAUUCCAGCAGGCAAUAAAAGCUCAAACCGACAAAUUCAAGACAAAGAUUCACGAGAUCAAAAAACCCAACAUCAAGCUGCCUUCAAAACCUACGUUCAAAAAACCCAACUUCCAGAAAUUCAAAAUCGAAAAACCGAAGAUCAACUUGCCGAAAAUACCAGACACGGCCAAAAUUACUUUACCGACGUUCAGUUUGCCACGCAAAAAUCCUCUGAAACGACCUCUGAAACAACGAAAUUUAUCGACGGAAUCGAAUGCCGGCGGUUCCAAGAAAAAUUAUUUCGACUUUAGAACUUAUCCUAGACUAUUCAAAAAGAAGCCAAAAGACGACCUCGAAUCUUUCAGUUCGAAAAGUGAACGCGAAGCUCCCGAGUUCGCAACCGUCCCUAGGACGAAACGAAAUAAAGUAGAAGAUGACAGAUGGGGUGGUCGUGACAGCAUACGAAUACCUCUGCGCGCGGAAGAUUCGAUCGAAGAUGAGGAAAGAGAAGAUUCGGUCGAAAGAAGGAUAGCGUCUCAUAUGCGAUACGAUGAUGAUAUCGAUAUUGACGACGCUUACGAAAAGGAAAACCAAGAAAUACACACAGCGUCACCUUUUAGUCGCGGAUACAACAGUCGCUGGAACCAUGGAAGCUUCCAUCCAACACCAAACCAAGAAAUUCUAGAUGAUUCUAGAAACCGACAAGUUACGGAUUUGGAUUCUCCCAUGGACGCACCUGCUCCCCAUGAGAGCUUUGACACGAACACUAGUAAAGACAUACAUUCUUCUGAAAGCUCUCUGGGUAUUCACCGUCGGGGAGUCCUUGAAGAAAUCGAUUCCGAUGAAUUCUUUUUACGACAGAAGGGUAUUUCGCAAGACAACAUCGAAGUAGGAAUGUAUCUCAGCUCCGAAAUACGAGAGGCUUUUAAAUCGCCCAGCAACGCUUUGGCUGACUUGCAAAGAGAACCGCUUGACUACUCGUACGACGCACGAUUAUCGAAUCAGUCACUUCCGGAAACUCCGUCUAAACGUAAAGCUGCCAGAAAACCAAAGCGAAAGAAAACGCCUCAUGUAUCGCAAGAACAGGUUUCUUUUGACCAAGAUUCGGAACUCGAUACCGAAUUACCACCUUCUAGACCAAAGCGUCGAAGCAGGCGGAAUAAGAAGCAGCAGAAAGAGCUUGAAAGUAUUAUUCCGUAUCAAGAGACCAUAGCAGUUGAUGUUCCAGAUGUUACAAUCGGAAUCUUACAGAGCGAUGACCACGAACACUUUAUGUAUGAAAAUGAGCAGAUGCAAGGAAAGGAACAACCAGAGAUCACACUGAUUGAUCCUUACGCCGAACACGAAGCUAAAUAUGAUAGCGAAGACGAAGUUUUCAAGGAAGAUACUAAACCCUCGGCACCACCUCGUAAGCACAGAAGUUUAAAAAGUUUGACCUAUUCAGAGCACGAUUCGAUUCUUGGUGACGUUGAUCCGGACAGAGAACUUCCGUCUGAAGAAGUUGAAAUUUAUAAAACAGAACACGAGUACAUAAUCCCUACGCCAGAAGUUCCUCCAACCAAACCAGCGCGAACUCUCUCCCGCUCCAGUUCCAAAUCCAGAGAAAACGAAGACAUCCACAUAGUACAAGAAACUCCACCCAGACCCACCAGAACCAGAUCUCGUUCACAAACGCAAUCUCUGACGCUAGAAGAACCAUGUGUUGAAGAAAUUUGCGUCCAAGAUUUUCGCGACAAUAUGGGUUAUGCCAUUAUCGACAAAAAUCUUAAACGGGAGCCGCCGCUUCCGCCUCCUCGCACUCCCCCUCGUCGCAAAAGAUCGGUUCAGUCCGCUACCUCCGAACAAAAGUUCUUUACGGUACCGCGUCCGUUCAGCGAUGAACCUCCGACAAGACCGAUAAGGAAUUACAGUACUUUGGGACCAAGCAGACCUCCGAGAAGGAAACCACCUGUGAAUAUGACAGAUGAAGAGAAAGAGAAUAUCGAUAUCACGCAGUAUAUUGAGAUAGAGGAUGAGCCUAAUCGUGAUCUUCACUCGGGCGAAGUGAUACAGAAGAUGCGCGAUCGUCCUCUGCCUGCACCCCCGCGACCGCCUAGGAAGACUCGAGCUCUUCAUGAUAUCACUUCUGAAGAAAAUAUCUUGACGAAGUCACAAGAAGAUCUAGAAGAAAUAGAGAAAGAGUUUCUUGAAGAAGCAGAAGUUUCUACUCAAACUGAACCACUUCCAGAUGAUUUUCUCUGUGACGAAACAGUGCCGUAUGAGACGGAAGAGGUUACGAUAGUGACCGAAACGUUAGCGGAAGAAGAAACUGCACCUGUUAGGGUUGAAAGACGGUUAAUUACCCCUACGAGUUACACGUACGACGAAGAAACUAUUACCCAUGGUUCUUUGGUGGUACAGCCAUUAAAUGGUGCUAAAAUAUUACCAGACUCAGAAUUUAGUCGAAUAGAGUCACCCAUAGAACGGAUUGUUCCAAUAAGUAAAGAUUAUGAAGAUGAAACUUCAGAAAUACCCCAAGAAUUUACAAAACUCAAGGAUCCUGAACCAGUACAAACCAGUCCACGCCCUCCGGCUGAACAACCAUCACGAUAUACGGAAUCUAGGGAUCAACCAUCUCUGCAAACCACUCCACUUCAACCUUCAGUUAUCGAAAGGAUAAUUGAACGUCCAGUGUUAGUUCAACCAGACUCUAGUACUGAAGUUGAAGUGUUAAAAGCUCAAAGACUUCAAGUUUCUGAUUUAGAUGUAGACAGGUUAAGUGUGAACGAAUUGUUAGCCAGCAGGAUAAUCGUGUCAGAAAUCGAUAGCGGAAAUAUUCAAGCUACCGAGAUAAGCUCCAAGUCCGGAGCUUUGAAGGUCGGUGAAAUAGAAUUACCACCAGGAAUUAUCCAGCAACUGUUCGAAAGAUUGCAAUCGGUUGCACAAGAACAACAGACUAGUGGACCAAGAGAUCCAACGCCUGCUGCUGAAACUUCUACAAAAGAAGAAGAAGACGACGCAGGACAAAAAAAAACUCCGUUUGAACAAGUAAUGGUUGAAGCGCCUCCCCCACAAAGACCCCCCCGAAGAACUGAAGAAACCCAUGAAACUUCAGUUCCUCCUACCGAUGCUUUAAUAGAAGAACCCCAUAUUAUAGACAUAGAAAGUACCCAGAUCGAUUCACUUAAUAUUUCUGAAACAGAAGAAAUUCAGGAAUCACACAUACCUGAGGAAAUUCAAGCUGCGGAACCCCCAGAACCACCAGUACGAACAGAUUCCUCCAGAAAACAGACCAUACCAGAACCAGAACCAGAACCGGUUUUAAACGUACCUGAAGAUAUCGAAGAAGUAAUAGAACAAGCGCCUCAGCGACCCCCGCGUCACACAGAAAAAACAAAAACAGAAGAACCGUCAGAAGAAGUACCGGAACUAGUACCAGUAGAAGUAGAAGAAGAAGCACCAGAACUAGUACCAUCAGAGGCAGAAGAAGAAACGCUAGAAAAACUGCCGGAAGAUAUACAAAUAGAGCAGCAGCACAUGGAAGAACCGGAGAUUGACGACGAACCACCUCCUCGACCUCCCGAACCUCAAAUCGAGUACAUAUCCUCGCAACCCCCUGCUAGUUUUUACGCCCUUAGGGCCCAACAAUAUGUAGAAAGUCUCGAAGGUGACAUUCCCAUGGCCCCUAGACGAAGGCGCCAUCAAAAACCUCCCAUUUCAAGGUCGAGUUCAGACGAAAGUCCGGUUUCACCACCCUCCAGACGUCGCUACAGAUCUCCCGAACCCACGAUUCCUCAGCUUACUGGUCAACUGAUGCAAGCUUGUGGGUCAGCUGCCAACAGCUCUAUUAAAAGACUGAUAUCUUACAUCACUAAUAACGUUUUAAGGAAUACAGAUGGACAACAAGAUUUACACGUUAUGAUCGUUCUGUUGUUAAUUUUAAUCGCCGGGUUAAUUUUGUUAGGUUAUGGUGAUGGAAAGACUGUUCAUUAUCAUCACUGGGAAUUCUUCAAUCCUCCAGGGGACCUUUAAUUUCUUCUUUUUUAUCAAUUUUUAAGUGGAUCUGUUUUUACUAAUUAAGUUUUUUGUUAAUGUUGAUUUUAAAGUUAUGUAAAUAAAUGAUUUAUAGCCA